GGUUGGGCAGAACCCAGUUCCGUGCAACUUUCAAGUGAGUUGCAAACUCCGCCCCGAGGCCGGAGCCGGUGGCCCAGCGCUCUGAGACCUCGGGGACCCGAACGAACGAAGGCCUUGACCGCAACCCGCUGCCUGGGACGCAGCAGCGCCGCGGGGAGAGUUGAACAGCUGGUUCUCCGCAGCAGGAAGUGCGGGUGGGAGCCGUAACUGCCCCGGCAGCGCGGCGAGGCGGCAGAGCGCGCCCGCCCUUACCGGCUCCCUAGUCUGUUUCUCCGAGCCCCGGCCUCCUCGCCUCAGCCCACGGGUCUCCCCAUUCUUCAGGCUCCCCGCACUGCAGAUUUAGGGGGCGGCCGGCUCCGCCUCUGCCAAGGGGCAGCCGGAGCGCCCCUCUGGUUCUCGCCCUUCCGCUGAUUACCCCAUCCCAGCCCUGCGUGAGCGUCCCUCUAGGCAUCUUGUAGGGGUUCUCCCUUCGUCCUGAGGCUGCGGGAUGGUGUCCUGGAUGAUCUGUCGCCUGGUAGUUACUCCAGCAACCUGGCUCCAAGAUCCCUGUCUGCAGCCUGGCAGUGCCAGGUCUGGUGGCCCUGAUUGCAUGUCCAUGGAAGGGGACAGCCUGGCCCUCUCACCAGCUCAGAAGCCUGCUUCCCACCUACCUGCUGUGUGUGCUCCCGCUCAAUAAUGCACCCAUAGGCCACUGGUGCAGGCUUGGGCAGGCUUGGACUGUUUGUAAACAGCAGGGUGGGGAGGUGGCCUCCAGGGCACUGACUCAGGCACAGGUUGUGCAAGCCAAGCAAGAAGAACAGGGCUGGUGUUUGGGAUGCUGUACCCAGCUUAUGCUUCCUACAAGGCUGUGAAGACCAAGAACAUACGUGAAUAUGUGCGGUGGAUGAUGUACUGGAUAGUCUUUGCACUGUUCAUGGCAGUGGAAACCUUCACAGACAUCUUUAUUUCCUGGUUCCCUUUCUACUAUGAGAUCAAGAUGGCCUUUGUGCUAUGGCUGCUCUCGCCUUACACCAAAGGGGCCAGCCUGCUUUACCGAAAGUUUGUCCACCCAUCCUUAUCCCGUCAUGAGAAGGAGAUUGACACCUGCAUCGUGCAGGCCAAGGAGCGCAGCUAUGAGACGAUGCUCAGCUUUGGGAAACGGGGCCUCAACAUUGCUGCUUCAGCUGCUGUACAGGCUGCCACCAAGAGUCAGGGUGCACUGGCCGGAAGGCUGCGGAGCUUCUCCAUGCAGGACCUGCGCUCCAUCCCUGAUGCCCCUGCCCCUGCCUACCAGGAUCCCCUCUACCUGGAGGACCAGGUACCUCGCCGCAGGCCGCCCAUCGGGUAUAGGGCAGGGGGCCUGCAGGACAGCGACACUGAGGAUGAGUGUUGGUCAGAUACAGAGGCAGUCUCCCAGCCACCUGCCCGGCCCCGAGAGAAGCCUCUGAGCCGCAGCCAGAGCCUGCGUGUGGUCAAGAGGAAGCCACCCAUGCGGGAGGGCACCUCGCGCUCACUGAAGGUUCGGACAAGGAAAAAGACCAUUUCCUCAGACAUGAACAGCUAGGGUCUUCAGAGCCUGGCUCAGUCUUACCUCUUGCCUUGUGGAGCACCGGGUGCUGUUUGGAGGGGACCUCUGGCUGCAUGUCUGACCUACCUGCACCAGCUGCUCAGGCUCUGCCCCCUCAGCUCCUGCUGCUGGCUAAGG